AAAAUCUUGAAUACCCACUAGCAGAAAAUCCCUCUUUAUAAUAAAAAUAAAAUGUCAUCAUCUUCAGCAGAAUCAAAAAUGGCUUUGGCCAAGACUGUUUUAUCGACAGUAGGCUCUGUUGCUGCAACAGCCAUGUUAGUCCGUACUAUAGUCCAUGAUUAUAUCCCACCAGAAUUCCAUGAAUAUAUCUUUUUUGGACUUAAAAAUAUUUUCACCAAAUUCUCAAAUGAGUUUACAAUGGUAAUUGACGAAUUUGAUGGCCUUGUCAACAAUGAAAUUUAUGAAGCUGCUGAAAUCUAUUUGGGCAACAAGUUGUCCCCUAACACCCACAGACUCAAAAUCAGUAAGCCUGAGAAGGAGAAGAAUUUUAACGUCGCGAUGGAACGUAAUGAGGAGGUGACAGAUAUUUAUAAUGGACAGAAAUUCAAGUGGAUUUGGCUCUGCAUGCAAACAGAGGCUAAACAUUUCCAUAAUCCUAGAGACAUGAAUUCCACUCUAAAAUCAGAAGUAAGGUCUUUUGAGCUAACAUUUCACAAGAAAAACAAAGACCUUGCCCUUAAUUCUUACUUGCCUUACAUUUUAAAAGAAGCAAAACAGCAAAAACAUGAAAACAAGACAAUCAAGAUUCACACUGUAGAUUAUGAGAACAUAUACAAUUUACAUGACAUGUGGAAGCCAGUAAAUCUUGAUCAUCCUGCAACUUUUGAGACAAUUGCAAUGGAAUUAGACCAAAAAGACAUGAUUUUGAAAGAUUUAGAGAGAUUUGUAAAGAGGAAAGAGUAUUAUAGAAAAGUAGGGAAAGCAUGGAAAAGAGGGUAUUUGUUGUUUGGUCCUCCGGGGACUGGGAAAUCAAGUUUGAUUGCUGCAAUGGCUAAUUAUUUGAACUUUGAUAUAUAUGAUUUGGAGUUGACUGAGCUAAGGAGGAAUUCACAUUUAAGGAAGUUGUUGGUUACCACAGCUAAUAAGUCAAUUUUGGUGGUAGAGGAUAUUGACUGUACAAUUGACUUGCAAGAUAAUUUGGCUAAUCGAGCUGUCGUUGUUGCUAAUUCACAUGGUUUUCAUCAGCAAGAAAGCAAGGUGACAUUGUCUGGUUUACUGAAUUUUAUUGAUGGACUAUGGUCAAGUUGUGGCGACGAAAGAAUCAUAAUUUUUACAACAAAUCACAUAGAAAAACUCGACCCUGCACUAUUACGGCCUGGUAGAAUGGACGUACAUAUUCAUAUGGCAUAUUGCACACCUUGUGGUUUUAAGCUUCUUGCUUCUAAUUACCUUGGGAUUAAAGAGCACAAACUUUUCAAAGAAAUUGAGGAAUUAAUUGGCAUAGAAAUGGUAACGCCUGCAGAAGUGGCAGAGCAGCUGUUGAAGCAAGAUGAGAUUGAGGAUUCCCUUAAAGGGUUAAUUAAUUUUCUAAAUGCAAAGAGAAAAGAGAAGAAAGUGGAAAUAACUCAAGUGGAGUCUGUUGAGAAGAAGCUGGAAAGUGAUGAAAAUGGGAUUAAAGAAAAGGGAUUACCAAAUGGGAAAAGUUAAAACCACAUGGGGGAAAAGCCUAUUAUAGAAUAUGACACCCUUUUAUCCUUUUAAUUUGGUCAAUAUAAAUUAUAAAGGAGCCUAUCUAAUAAAUUGUAGUAUAAUUAUUAUAUACUAAUUACGG